AUGUCUCGCUCUCGGUCAGCUGUUGCCAACACGACGUUGUCAGCACCAGGCUCGAGUGUAGCGAUCACGCUCACGGCCACAAACCGCGGCAUCGGCGCUGUCCCCCGGUGGAGCCUCGCCCACACCGAACCCAGCGCGCUGACGCUGGUGUCCCGGCCUGACGGCGCUCUUCCGGCGCUGCAGCCGCAAGCGUCGCACACAGCGACGUUUGUGUUCCGGCUCGGAGCGAGCGAGAACCAGCAGAUCGUGUCGUUUACAGCGCUGGCAGCGCCCGAGUACGGCACGGACAUGACGCCUGUGAACAACACGGUGCAGGUGGCGAUCACCAUCGCCACUACAAGCCCUGAUAGUGCCGUCACUAUGCCGACCGAGUCAGCCCGACGGGCUUGACGCUGGUUGUGCGCCGGCGUGCGCUGUCACAGAGCUGGCGCUGAGCGCACACUUUACUGAAGUGAAGCUGCGAGAUUGACAAGGGUGUCGGUCGGAACGCCAGAGAGCGCGGCAGCGAGCCGCUCCUUGAUGGUGGCCUCGUCGAGACCUUGGAGCUCGUCGAGGUUGACGCCCGGAAUCAUCGGGGUCGGCG